AUGUCUCAAUAUGAAAGUGGAAUUCUUAUUAAAACUUCAACAAUUGGAGGCAAAAAGAAGACACAAAAGAAAUCACAAAGUCAAAAGAAAAUAUUUCAAAAAUUAACUCAUGAAGAAGAAAAACAAUUAAGUAGUACAUAUCAACAACUUAUUAAAAAUUAUUGUUAUCCAACUUUUAAUGCUAUACAAAAUCUUCUAAAUGAAAAUAGAACUAUACCAUUACUUUUAAAUAAUAAAUUAUUAGAGUAUUAUGGCUAUAAUGAACUUCGUGUUCCGUUUGGAAUAGAGAAUGAAAGUAUACCAUUAGAUUAUAGUUUUAUUGAAGAUAUGAAAAAGAAAAUUAAAAAUACACCACCUCAAUUGGUAUUAACAAUAGAAGAAAUUGGAUAUCAAGUCAUUCAAUUAAAAGGAAAAAUAAAAUGUUAUUUUAAAGGAGGAGUUCCUAAGAAUCUACAACUUGGAAGAACAACAAAAACAUCUACUUCUAUUAUCUGUGUUUCAAAUGAUCGAUCAUUUAUUAGAACUUUUAGAGUAUUAAGUAAAACUAAUAAUAAUAAUGAUAUGCAAAACUACUUUGAAAAAAAUCAAAUUGAUGAUACUUUUGUUAAUAGUGUAUAUUCUUCUCAUGGAAGAAAUCUCUAUUAUACAUCAAAUCAAUUUAUUAUAUGGUUUAAUUCAAUCAAACAAUAUAUAAUAAAUAAAUUAAAUGAAUUAAAAUAUUAUUCAAAAGCAAUAAUAUAUAUGCAUGAAUAUUUCAAACAAUUUUUCACAGAAUAUUCAACAGACAUAUAUGAUUUAAUAUUCUUCAAUGAUACUUAUUGUUAUAAUUUAUCUUUAUUAUCUCCUUCUAUUCAGAGAUGUAUUAAAAUUCUCAAAGAAAAACUUAAUGUUACUAAUCAUACACAGGAACUUCAAUUUAGAGAUAAAGUAGAAGUAAAUUUGAAUAAUAUGACUAACAAAGUAAUUACCAAAUUUGAUUUUUUAAGGCUUGUUAUAGAUGAUUUAAAAUCAACAAACUCAUUACUGUCUGAAAUUAUAUUUAAAUUUGAUAACAAUAAUUUAUCUUAUAAUGAAUUUACUUCUUUUGAAAAUAAAAAAAUACCAUUAAUUCAUCAGUUUAAUAUAAAUCAAAGUAUUCAACCUUCAUCUGAUUUAUUUAAAACAAAAAAUAAUUAUAAUAUCAUUUUCUAUGAUUUUAUUACUAAUAAAAUUAUUAAAGAAUUAGAAACUAAAGAAAUAAUUAACCUUCAAGAGUUUGUUAUCAAUAAUAAAAUUUCUGAACUAUAUAUAUUAAAAUUAUUACCUGUAUUAAAUCUUCAUAUUGAAAAAGUAUGGAAAUAUCCGUAUCAAAUCAAUACUAAUUCAAAUCAAUUAAUUAACUGUGCAUCCCAAUUACUUAAUAUUAAUAAUGUUCAUCAAAACCAAAUCAUUUUUGUUGAUUCUUUUGAAUACUUAUCAGAUGCUCUCCAAGAAUCAAAAAUACUUGUUAAAAAUGAUAGUACUGAUCAUACUUUAUUUGUCCAAAGAGAAAAUGUUAUUCAACAACACCUUUAUGCAAUAAAAGAAGAUGGAACAUUAUUAAGACCAUUAAUUAAUGAAAAAGGUAUUUCUAAUUCAGAAAUGAUUAAUUGGAUCAUAGAAAUAAUUCAAGGUAUUUCAAUAACAAUAUAUCCACCACAAAAGAUUUAUUUUAUAGUGCACGAACAAUAUAAAAAGAUAUUUUGUAACGAAGAAUUAUUAAAUAAAUUAAAAACAAUUUAUGAAAAUGAUAUGAUAAAUGUAAUUUAUAUAGAAGAUACUAUAUAUCCAAUUAUUCCAAUUAACAUCAUUUUUAAUAAAGUACUUGAAUUAAUCUUAUUCAAAAAUCUACAUUUAACAACUCAAACAAUAGAAAGUGAAAUUAGAUAUUGUUUAAACUCAACGCUCUUAAAUACACUUCUUUAUGAAUGGUAUGAAUUACGCAAAUUAAAAACUGUUGAUUGUCGUAAAAUAAAAAGUUUAGUUAAUCAAUUUACUCACAAAACACCUUGCCUUGUUAUUAUAAAUGGAAUAAAAGAAGGUGUUAAUUAUAAUGAUCCACCAAGUAAGGUAUUUAAUUUAGAUUGUGUUCCUCCAAUUUUUAGACCUAUAAUGAGUGAUUUAAUUUGUGUAUCUCCUGAACUAAAACUAUGUAAAUCAAAAGAUGAACAAAUAAAAUUCUUUUCAAAAUAUAGUGAUAAAUAUUUCUUCAAAAUAGAUGAAAUAUUUUUAAAUAAAUGUGAACCUCAAAAGAGAUUGUUAAUUGAAUAA